GCCAAGGAAUAGCUAUUAAUUUGCUUGGCUCUACAACAAAUACUCAGUCAAGGCGCGUUCAUUCCAAAACCAAAAGCUGUAACAGUUGCAGAAGAAGGACAGCUGCUACAUGGCGAUGAUGGGGAUGGGCAUCGAUACUAAGAAUUUGGACGACGAUGGCCGCGAAAGGAGGACUGGGACGAUGAUGACUGCAAGUGCUCACGUAAUUACAACUGUUAUUGGAUCUGGAGUGCUCUCUCUAGCUUGGGUUAUAGCUCAGUUGGGUUGGGCAGCUGGACCUGCUGCUCUUGUGCUCUUCUCUGUCAUCACCUGGUUCACAUCUACUCUACUCGCCGACUGUUACAGAUCCCCUGUUACAGGGAACCGAAACUAUACCUACAUGGAUGUUGUGAGAGCCAAUUUAGGUGGAGUCAAGAUUAAGCUCUGUGGAAUAGCUCAAUAUGGAUGUUUUAUUGGGGCCACCAUCGGAUUCACCAUCACUGCAUCUCUCAGUAUGGCGGCGGUUAAAAGGUCCAACUGCUUCCACAUGAACGGCCACCACGCGCAGUGCAAAGUAUCAAACGUUCCCUUCAUGAUCAUCUUCGCAUGCAUUCAGAUAGUUCUGUCCCAAAUUCCAAACAUUCACAAGCUCUCUUGGCUCUCCAUCGUCGCAGCUCUGAUGUCAUUUUCUUAUUCUCUUAUAGGCAUCGGUCUCUCUGCAGCCAAAGUUGCAGAGGGAAGCCAUGAAGUACGGACCAGUUGGAGAGGGGUGGAAGUUGGAGUGGAUGUCACUGAGACUGAGAAGGUAUGGAGGAUAUUUCAGGCCAUUGGAGAUAUCGCUUUUGCCUACACAUUCGCUCCCGUUCUCGUUGAGGUUCAGGACACACUAAAAUCAAGUCCCCCAGAGAACAAAGUGAUGAAGAGGGUUUCAUUUAUUGGGGUCUCGACCACGGCCAUGUUCUACGUGCUAUGUGGAUGCAUUGGCUACGCUGCAUUUGGGAAUGAUGCACCAGGAAACUUUCUUACUGGGUUUGGAUUUUAUGAACCCUUUUGGCUCAUUGACUUCGCCAAUGUGUGCAUUGCCCUCCAUCUCAUUGGAGUAUACCAGCUCCUUUCGCAAAUCUUGUUCGCGUUUGUGGAAAAUUUCUGCAGAAACCAUUGGCCAGAAAAUAAAUUCAUAGCGAAAGAACGUGCUGUUAACGUUCCAUUACAUGGCAAAUACUACAUCAACUUGUUUCGACUGGUAUGGAGAUCGGUGUAUGUAAUAGCAACAACAGUAGUUGCGAUGAUAUUCCCAUUCUUCAAUGACUUUCUGGGUCUGAUUGGGGCAUUCUCUUACUGGCCACUGAGUGUAUACUUUCCCAUAGAGAUAUACAUUUCUCAGUCCAAGAUACCCAAGUUUUCAUUCACAUGGACAUGGCUCAAAAUACUGAGCUACGCCUGCUUGGUUGUGUCAAUUGUUGCUGCAGUUGGAUCCGUUCAGGGGCUUGCUGCAGAUGUGAAGACUUAUAAGCCUUUCAAGAGUCGGUAGCAGAAGUGAAAUGUAGUGCUGUUUUCUUUCCAAGAAAUAAACGAAAUAAGCAAUAAUCUUGCAUACA